AUGUGUUUUGAUAUUGAAGGAAACCAACAAAUGUUGUUGGAGAAGAGACUGUUGGUCCACGAGCGUGGACCUUCUCAGUUUCAACACAAGAGCGCAGCACCUCGUAAGGAACGACUGAUGUAUUUGUUUACAGCUGGUUGUGCACUCAAAAUGGCUGCUACUAGAAGUUGGAAAGAUAUGAAUGAAAUAUUAACUGACGAGCGGUUGGAAGCGCUUCUGAACGACAGUAAUGCCGAAUUAUCUGAUGGGGAAGAUGACGAAUUUUCAUUUUUGACUGGAGAUUUUCCUGUUAAACCUGAAGCCAGUGCUGAAGAUAAAGCAACAGUAGAUGAGACCGUGGAUUCUUCUGAAGAAUUAGAUGAUAGAAAUGAUCCCAAGACGAAGUUCUUGUUCCACAAUAUCUGCCAGUGCGAUCUAUGAAGUGGAGGAAGAAAGAAAUGCCGUAUUCGAAUCCUUGUGAGAGCAAAAUCCAUCUUCCAGAUUAUGAAGAAGAAAAAGGAAUUUUUGAAUCUUUCUUGGAAUACCUUCCUCUGACAUUCUGGGAAGAACAUGCACAACAAACCAAUUUGUAUUCAGUUCAAAAACAACAACAUAAAUCUGUUAACACCAGUGGAGAAGAAAUGUUGCAUUUAGCUGGAAUACAUGUUGUUAUGGGAGUUCUGGACUAUGCACAAAGUAAGCUGUACUGGCAGCAAGAUACUCAGGUUCCAGUUAUUGCUAAGUGUAUGACAAGAGACCGUUUCUAUGAACUGAGAAAUUAUAUGCAUUUUGUGGAUAACACAAAUGAGCACAACGAGAAGCUUUGGAAGGUAAAACAUUUUCUUGGUUGUGUGCAGAAGAAGUGUCUGACCCUUCCAAGAUCACAUCAUCUUUCCAUUGACGAACAGAUGGUGCCAUUUUCUGGUAAAUGUGGCUUUGUGACUUACGUACCAUCAAAACCUAAUCCAUUAGGUUUAAAAUGCUUCAUUCUGGCUGCACCUGAUGGCCUUGUGUCGGACUUCAUGUUUUAUACUGGGUCAGAUACUGUGUCAGCUGAAGAUACGAAAGAAUAUGGUCUCGGUGCAGCAGUUGUUAAGAUGAUGACAGAAAGUGUUCCUAGAGACAACCAGCAUUGUGUAUACACUGGUAGAUUUUUCACAAGUGUAAAAUCUGUAGACAUGUUGCUGGGGAGGAAAAUUUAUCAGACAGGUACAGUUAUGAUGAACAGAUUGGGUCCAAUAGUGAAGAAAUUGAAAAAUGACAGGCUAUUUCAACGGGAGGAAUGGGAAGAAUGGGUUAGGGAAGAUGAUAAAAUUUGUCUUAUUAAGUGGAAAGACAAUAAAAGUGUCCUAAUACUCUCAUCAUGUGUUGGAAGCAGCCCUCCAACCACAUGUAAGAUGUGGUCAAGAGAGCAGAAAAAGAAGAUAGAUGUUCCUCAGCCAGUGGCAGUGAAGCUUUACAAUGAAAACAUGGGAGGUGUUGAUCUCUGUGACAGAUUUUUGUCACAUUACAGAUGCUACAUUCGCACAUCAAAAUGACCUGUAAGAAUGUCUAAUCAUUUUAUAGAUCUUGUGAUUGUCAAUUGCUGGGUGAUGUACCGCAGAUGGUGCUCAGAAAAUGAAGAAGGUUGUCACUGAUGGAUUACAAAAUGCACGUAGGCAAAGCUAUGAUUAAUUACAAAUAUGUUGAGCCUGUAGCUAGAAGAAGAGGGCGCCCUUCUGUAGUCAAUUCCUCUGAUAGUGAAGAUGUAGAUGAUGUACAAAAUAUGGAUAAAAAGCCAACAAGAGCUCUGUCACAACCAAUUGCAGAAGUUAGGUUUGACAAUGUAGGCCAUUUAUCAAAUUUUGUUGAGGCAAAGAAUGCCUCAAAAUGCAGGAAUCAUGGCUGCAGUUCCAAGACAAGGGUCAUCUGCAUCAAAUGUGAAAUGUAUUUGUGUGUCGUGAAAAAUAAUUGUUUUGAAGCCUAUCACAAAAAGUAAAGAUUCAUUUAUGGGCAAUAUCAAGUUAUUAUUUGGC